AUGUCGUCGCGAAUGCCCUCAAUCCGACGUCCAGUAAAGACAACAACAAAACCCGAGGACUCGGUAGACAAUGAUGGCACAGUGAAGAAGAGGAGUCAACUUCCUCAACUGACUCCACGCUCGCUCAAGACAACCAAAGAUGUUUCUGCUUCCAGCUUGCCUAUCUCUAGUCCCACAAGGCCGACCAUGGGCAUUGCUACAAGAUCCAAGGAAGACAAGGCUGCUAUGCCACCCCCUGCUGCUCCUGUCAGUCGCUCGCAGUCCAUUCGCACACGUACGAUACCUCAAUCUUCUUCGACAACCGCCGCAGCGUCCACCAGGUCUGCCCUGACCGCUUCCUCGCGAAUCCUCUCAACUCGAGCACCGACUUCUUCGACAACCACCGCACCGAAACCACGUGUCGCCUCGCAUUCCCGCACAGCCAGUACCUCGACUAUCACAACCUCGAGCACGGGUGACUCGACCCUGAAACGUCCUACUACCCUUGAUUCCUCUUCGAGACAUCUUCGGUCGCAGAGCUCGACAACCACCGGUCUCAACUCGAGGUUCACCACACCAUCCGCUCCAUCCACGCCGACUUCCGUCAAGACUAGCGCGGAUCCUGUCAAACCUCCUGUCAGACGUCUUGUGCGGCCAGGCGUUGCAUCGACCGGACCAAAUCUCGAACCUACUACCUCAAGGCCGGCCUUCAACACGCUUCAACAACACUAUAGUCCUGCCAAAACCACCUUACCCAAACCACCAGUACCAUCAUCACGGGCUGCUCCAUCUGCUGAAGAGAAGGCUGUCCAAUCAGGCGCCGUUUUCGAAACGACCAAACUGCAAUCUGAAUUAUUGUAUCUCUCGCUACUGCACGAAUCAGCCGAGCCCAACCUUCGGAGUUACGAAACAAGUGCCAGGAAAGCCCUGCAGACAGAAUUUGAAGCGGCGCAAGAUGAGGUGACGGAGAUACGAGAGCAAGAACGGAUAUUCCAAGAACAAGGAAGCCUGUCCGCUAUAGCAGCCUGGCUGGGAGUCGAGGGAGCACAUGUGAGCCCUGAGGCAGCCGAGAUGAUACAGAGUCUAAGUGGCUGUUUCAACGAGAUUUUGGGCUUGUCGGCUCCCGAAAGCAAAUAUACAGCACUGGUGCACAGCUUCUCGGAAUGGGCAGCAGAGGCGACAGAACCAGACAGAGCGCACAUUUUCUCAGGACCUUUACCGCAAGAUUGGCAUCAAACGCAUGCAUCAAUUACGCAGCGGUUGCGACUGGUGGAAAGAGAGGUUGAAAUGCUUCCAUCAGCGCCCUCGCAAACGCCUCAAGAUGCAGAGUCGUCACUAUUUAUCAUGCUCCAAUGCCUGAAGAAUCUGGUCACAGGCAUGAAAGAGGAAUUGGAAGCCAUGAGCCGACUUGAGCAGCAGGUGGUAAGCACCGAGAAGCAGCGUGUGAGUAGCGCUGUGGCUGGGCUGUGUAUGGACACACUUUUGCAAAGCUCAGAAGAGUGGACGGCCGCUUGGUAG